CAGGAGGAGGAGGAAGAGGAGAAGACGCGAAGAAAACAGGGGGGAAAGGAGGAACGGAGGGAGAUGAAGACGGAAGAGGAGAAGGCAAGGAAGAAGAUAAGAGAGAAAAAGGUCCGUCAAGGAAGGCCAAAUACCUGUACAUGCAGCAGAAGCACAUGCGAGAGUACCGGAUGUCCGAGGACUGCCUGACGCUCAACAUCUACACUCCCCUCCCAGAGAGCCGCCGGGGCAAGACCAACGCCUCGGAGCUGCCGGUCCUCGUCUACAUCCACGGCGGGUCCUUCUACUCCAACGGCGGCAGGCUCUACCCGGGGGAAAAGCUCGCCUCCGAGGGCAUCGUCGUGGUCACUAUCAACUACCGCCUCGGCCCCUUCGGGUUCCUGUCGACGGGCGACGGGUGGUCGAGGGGGAACUGGGGGCUUCUGGACCAGCGCAUGGCCCUCCUGUGGGUGCGCCGCCACGCCAGUGCCUUCGGGGGCCACAAGGACAAGAUCCUCCUGGUGGGCAACUCCGCCGGGGCAGCCUCCGUCAUCCUGCACCUCGUGUCCCCUCUGUCCCAAGACCUGUUUUCGAGGGCGGCGGCACUCUCCGGCUGCGCGCUGGCACCCUGGUCCCUGCAGAGCCGCCCUUUGCACUUCGCCCAGCAGCUCGCCGCCGGCCUCGAGUGCCCCGUGUCCCCGUCGAGCGAGCUGGUGGACUGCCUGAGGCGUCAGGAUGCGCAGAAGAUCAACCAGAUCUACGCCAAGGACUACAUCCAGGACGGCCUGUGGCUGGCCUUCGCCCCCGUGGUCGAGGGCGACUUCGAGGGCGCCUUCCUCCCGAGGUCGCCGAGGACGCUGCUGGAGGAGGGGUCGCUGCCGCCCAUCCCGCUCAUCAUGACGCUCACGAAGGACGAGGUCUCCAUCUGGUUCAGGGAAGCCUCGCCAUCUACGCUCUCCCCCUCAUCAGAGAACCGAACCAUCGAACUCUCCAGAGCCGAGGACUGGCUGGAUAUUAUCAUGAAGCAGAAAUUCCCCGACCUGGAACCUCGGGCUCUGGCGGCGGUCCUCCACGCCGUCCGCGCCGCCUACAUCUACAGGAACGGAUACACCACCAAAGUCCCCGUCAAGAUUAUUUCCGAGCUCAUCUCUGACCUGGGCCUCCGCGUGCCCUGCGUCGAGGAGGCGGGCCUGCUGAGCCACUGGACGCGCCUCUACUUCGCCGAGUUCUCCUACGUGUCACCCGACGACGUCCGAGUGGGCAGCCAGAAGUGGAUAGGUUCUUACCACGAGAGCGACCUGCAGUUCGUGUUUGGCCAGCCUUUCCUCGGCCUGGCCAACACCCUGCGUGGCCCCAGAGACCGCUCUGUGGCCACUACCAUCAUGAGUGUCAUCAUCUCCUUCGCACAUACGGGCGUGCCUGAGUUGGGCGAGAUGGAGUGGCCGGCUUACAACCUCAGCCACCUCGUCCACCUGGAACUGAGUGAACAGCUGUCUCUUAGCCACAACCUCGUUCAACACAGUUUGUGCUUCUGGCAGCGCUUCAUUCCCCUCAUGACCCUGUUCCCCAUGAAACCGCCGGAGGAGGAGCCAAACGCGGCCCCGCCCUUCGCCACGCCCCCCGUGUCGUUGCUCCUCCUCUCCUCCUUCCUGCACCGGGCCUUCACCUAAAUCCUUUGGGACAGAAGAACAACAAAGAACUAAAGAGAGAGAGAAAAAAAAACAACAACAGGUGUGAAGGCGUCUGUUAAAAAUGGCGAUUUUUAACAUUUUUUUUUUUUUUUUUUUAAUCCUCUAUGUGAAACUUUUAGGGAUUUUUUUUUUUUUUUUUGUUAGUCCUUUGUGUGAAACUUUUAGGGAAAUUAUUUUCUUUUUUUCAGUCUUUUGUGUGAAACUUUUUGGGAAAUUAUUUUGUGAGCGAGAGAUGACAAAGAUUCAAAUUUUGAGAAACAAAUGUCUAUCAUAAGAGUGCAUAUUUCAUAAAAUAAUAAAUGUAAAUAAGAAUUAUUCCUUUUUUCAUCUCCCACACUUUUUCAGUAUAAUAUUUCUCGUCUUUCGUAAAAAAUGAAAAAAAGUCUCGCAAGAAAUAGAUAGAAAACACAGAAGGAUUUUUUUUUUAAACUAGACUUUGAGUAUAUUAAUCACUUUCAAUAUUUCAUAUUCAUUUACUAAUAUAUAUUCUUUACUUUCAAAAAAUUAUAGUUUAACAAAAAAUACAAGGUUUGUUUGUUUUUCUUUGUAUGUUUGUAUGUGUCACAGUGAAGGUUAUCCAGUUAUACCGUAUGUGUCUAUGUGUAUUUUUUUUUUUUUUUUUCUUAUCUUCUUCUUGUUCUCAUUUUUAUUAUUCUUCGUUUCUCUUAUUUUUUUCUGAUUAAAAAUGAAGAAGUUGUGUAUAACAAAAUGUGGAAGUGAUGUCAAAAUGUAUAUAUAUAUAAAUACAAGGGUGAUUUGCCUAUGUAUUAGCAUGUGUAUUUGCUUGUUUGUUGUAGUCCCCCUCUCUCUUUCUCUCUCUUUAUCUCUUACCCUCUCUCUCUCUAUCUAUCUAUCUAUCU